GCGGUGCCACUUCCCAAGCCUGGCAUCGAGGCUAGAGAGGCUGGGCAAGGCUGGCAGGGAGGGAUCCUGGGCCAGGAGGAGGAGGAGAGGAAGGCAGGGACGCGUUUGAUCGUGGGCGGGAGGCAAGGGAGGGAAGGAGGCUGCAGGUGUUGCCUCUCCAGCUGGAAGAAGGAGCCAGGAUCGGGGGCAGCCAGGCUCCUGGGGGCCAGAGGCUUGCAAGCCAGGGAGGCAUGUGAGCCUUAGGAAGGGAGGAGGAGGAGGAGGAGGAGGAAGAGAAAGGGGAUCGGGGUCUUGGUCUGUGGCUGGAAGGAUGCUGUGGUGGUGGGACGCCCGGGUGGCCACGCUCUUCCAGCGCAACCUGCAGCCCACCUUGACCUACUGGAGCGUCUUCUUCAGCUUCGGCCUCUGCAUCGCCUUCCUGGGGCCCACCUUGCUGGACCUGCGGUGCCAGACCCAGAGCUCCCUCUCCCAGAUCACCUGGGUCUUCUUCUCCCAGCAGUUCUGCCUCCUCCUCGGGAGCUGCCUGGGGGGCCUCUUCAAGCGCACGUUGGCACAUUCUCUGCUUGCCCUCUUUGCAUCGUCACUUGCUAUCUCAGUGGUUUUUGCCAUCAUUCCCAUCUGCCAUAAUGUGGUGGUGCUCGCGGUAGUCAUGGCUGUGGCUGGGCUGGCCAUGGGGUGCAUCGACACACUCUCUAAUAUGCAGCUGGUGAAGAUCUACCAGAAGGAUUCGGCAGUCUUCCUACAGGCUCUUCAUUUCUUUGUGGGCUUUGGUGCCCUGCUGAGCCCUUUGAUAGCUGACCCAUUUCUGUCAGACACCAACUGCAUCUUAACAAAUGGCACAGCCAAUGGCAGCAGCAACCUCCCUCACAUCCGGAAAUCCCUGGUCCCCAAUCAUCCUGGGAAUUUCUCCAAUUAUGACCUGCCUACCAAAGGACUGGUGGUGACGCGAGUGUCCUACGCCUUCUGGAUUAUGGCUUUGAUCAAUCUGCCUGUCCCCUUUGCAGUGUUCCUAUUGCUCUACAAGGAACGGCUGGUGCCAUGCUGUCACAAGAACAGUCCCCCAUUGCUGCCUGCAGAUGAGCUGGCCAUGGAAACCAGGAUAGCUGACAGGGAUGAUUCUUCCACUUCCUCACCAAAACUUCAAACAGAAAUAGGGCACAAUGACCUCUUUGGAUGCUGCCAGAGCAAGAACUUCAUAGGAGCUCCUUGCUCUUACUUUGCUGUCCAUGUGACUGGAGCCCUUCUUCUCUUCAUGACUGAUGGCAUCUUGGGGGAGUAUUCUGGUUUUGUGUACAGCUAUGCUGUGGAGGAACCUCUCUCAGUGGGGCAUAAGAUGGCUGGCUAUUUGCCUAGUCUCUUCUGGGGUUUCAUCACUCUGGGCAGGCUCAUCUCUAUCCCUGUGUCAUACAGAAUGAAGCCAGCAACCAUGGUUUUCAUCAAUGUGGUUGGAGUGCUUAUAACAUUUUUCCUGCUACUGAUCUUUUCCUACAGUGUGGUCUUUUUAUUUGUGGGAACUGCAUCUCUUGGUCUAUUUCUCAGCAGCACUUUCCCUAGCGUGCUGGCUUACACUGAAGACAUCCUCCAAUACAAAGGCUGUGCCACUACUGUGUUGGUGACAGGAGCAGGAAUUGGAGAGAUGGUUCUGCAGUUACUGGUUGGGUCGAUCAUUCACGAUCAGGGCAGUUACAGUUUCCUGGUCUGUGGAACCAUCUUUGGAGCCUUGGCCUUUACUUUCUACAUCUUCCUUCUAUUCUUCCACAGGAUGCACCCACAGCCCCAGUCAGAUAUGGAUCUGUCACCUGAUAAACCACCACCGAUAGGGGAGCCUGAACUUUAUCAGAGCUAAACAAAGCAGUGGGUUUGUAUUUGGAUCAAGCACAAUGUCACUCUCCAACUGAAAGAUUUGCUCUCACCGCCUGAUUUCAAACUACCUGAAUUUUCUACAAUCAGACUUGUUGGUUACAACUUGUUCUCAUCAACCAGUCAUCCAUCAUUACCAGAGAAGGUUCACUGCAGAAGGAAUUAAGAGACAAACUGCAGAAUUCUAGAAGGGCUGAAAAUUUUGAUACAUGAAAGUUUAAACUCCUCUGGUACACUCCUUUGUCUGUCCAGGAGCUCAGGUGGUGGGGGAAAUGUAUUGAUGUUAUUUUACAGACCUUGAGUGAGAGGUCUCCUAGGUUUUUAUAUUCACUCUAAACAGGAGGCAGCUAUAGGCAGUGGGCACCCUUUCCUAAUUUGGUAAGAGGCAAACUAUUUGUUACUGGGUAAUUUUUAAAAGCCUUUUAAUCCCAGGUCUUCUAUACAACCAGCCACAUUAAGAAACAAAUUGCAGUAAUUCAAUCACCCAAUCAGUUGUAAUAGUCAAAUCUUAUAGGACUCUACCUGGGAUUUUGCUGUGGCCACACAGUGGAAAGAUCCAAGUACCGGUGAUAGUAUAAUGAUAGCUUGAGCUGUGUUGAGUGUACUGACCUUUCAAAAUUUGCACAGUAGAAUGAAUAAGAUCUGUGGGCUGCCAUAUUAGGCAGAACAGCCUAACUCCUGAAGUAUAUGAAGCCAAAUGUCAAGUCCUUUCCAUUUGUGCAAUAUAAUAGGUGCCUUCCAGGAGCAGAACCUUUCAGAGGUACUGAAUAUCCAGAUCAUGCUGGUUAUUUUCAUGACUGCUACAAAUGAAGGUAUUGGGAUAGUUUUAAGACAUAGCUUUAGCAGAAUUGAGCUAGUUUUGUUGCAAGUGUUGUCCCACGGAUAUACAUGUGUAUGUAUAUAAAGGAAUGUUGUAAUAUUGUUCUUGUCGCAUGAACUCGUGGAGUGACUUUUAAGAUGGGACCUAGCAACUUCACUCAAGCAGAGCUAUUUUUUCCAAGAGGCUUGUUGCACUGCUCAUUUCAAAACUGUACAUUAUACUGAAUUUGUGUUGCCAUUUGGCUUUACAGAUUGCUAUGUUGCAUGGGUAUGCACACUCAUUUUUGAUUUUCAUGUCAUCUGAAUCUUAAUAUACACCUUCCUUGAUUACAGAGCUUGUGUGUUCUUCUGGCCUUAAGUUGUAUAGCAUGGACACUAACCUUUUCUAAUGAACUGUUUGUGCCUGUUGGUUAGUGGAAUUCUUGCAUUAGAAUACACAUCCAGGUAGACAUUAAUCAGAUUCAGUAAAGCAUGAUCUUAUGUGAACCUGAAUAAGGUGGCUUGGGUAACACAGAUAACUGGAGUUUUAACUAUUAAGACUAUUAACUAUUUAACUAUUAACUACAGCAACAAGCAGGCACCUCCCAUGCCUGUAAAGAGAGUAAAGGUAUUUCCUGGCUUGUAGCAAACCCUGGUCUACCAUAUUUGGUGAAACUAUAAAACCAAGAUUAGAAAAUUUUAACUAUAUCCUCCUAUCUGCAAGGGAAGGAGUAGGCAUACACCCAACUUUACACCUGCUUGUUCCUAUAACAGCAUUGUGUUUCAAGUGUGACUUUCUAUGUAAAACAAAAAUCAGAAUAUGUAUUUUGAAGUCAUAAGUGAUGAGAAUUCCUGAUUGUUUUAGUAUAAAUCAUAUAUAUUUAUUAGAGCAGAGACACUGACAGUAUGGUAUAGAAGAACCUUUUUCUGCCCAGUAAUUGCCAGCCAUUCCUCAAAAAAGAAGAAACUAUCUCUGUGUCCUGUCCAUUCUGUCCAUUCCAGACAAAUUUAAAUUCAGCACCCAUAAAAUUACAAGGGCAGAGCAUGCUGCAUUUGAUGCCUAUGAAGGACAUUUCCCAGAAUAAAACUGUGGUGGCUGCAGAAUUUGUUUUGAGGAGAGUGUAUGGAAA